CCGCAGGUUGUCCUCGGCAAGAAGAAGCUGCCCGACGCCGACCACCCCUUCCGCGCACCCUCCGGCAGCGACGUCCGCGGCCCCUGCCCGGGUCUCAACCUCAUGGCCAACCACGGCUACAUCUCGCGCAGCGGCAUCACCAACUUCAAUGAGCUCGUGUACGGCCAGCAGGAGGCCAUGGGCUUCGGCGCCGACCUUGCUGUCUUCCUGGCUGCUCUUGGCAUGACCGUCAACGGCAACCCGAUCGCAGACAAGCUGAGCAUCGGCGGUCCCGACCCGCGCGUGCCCAACCUUGGCCUGCUCGGCACAGGCCCCGCUCCGGGCGGCAUCAUGAAGCACAACGCCUACGAGAUCGAUGCGUCCCUCACGCGCACCGACCUUGGCCUCGGCGACAACAAGCCGCUCAACGGCACGCUGUACGAGCAGAUGUUCAAGAUCGCCGACGAGCUCAACGGCGGCGUCAUCGACGGCAGCGUCACGGGCCCGAUUCGCUCUGCCCGCUACGAGGACUCGGCGGCGCGCAACCCCAAGUUC